AUGCAAAGGAAAGAAAAUACGAUAUUCACAAAACAGCAGCCUGACUCCAUUGCGCGAGGUGUGGCAAUGAACAAUAAUAAGUUACCUCAACCACGAUAUAAUAGCAAGGAUCCUAGACUUAGGCGAAGGAAUAGGGCCGGUAUUAAACCAAGGAAUCCUGAGAAUAUAAAAGAUGGACGUGUUUUGCAAAAUGAGAAAGGGGUACCCAAGCCUCAAUCGUUAUCUACAGGUCGUACUGGGGCGACCUACAAUCAACAACUGCCGUUGACUUCACCGACAUUCCCUCCAGAAAGUUCCUUUCGAUCGUCAAGAAUUAAUAAACCUUCAAAUUCAAUAAGAUCAAGACAGCCCAUCCAUGGGAAAGUUGGCACAGGUGGCCGUCAAAACUUGUUUAUUAAAAGGCCUACGCACCGGUCUAAGUCAAAAAAGGUGCCCCCAACAAAACCAGCCAUCACUGCUCAAUCGAUAAGAGAAAACACUAAUGAAUUGAAUGAGGCAGAGAUUGAUGAGCUUUUCAACGACAAUGCAGAGCCGAAGGAAAGUGAUCGGGCUGAAAAUGAUAAGUUUACCACAAACAUAGUUGCGAAUGAUGGAUUGAUCGCACGUAAUGAAUCGAUAAUCACAAAUGAAAGCAAGGGGCCACCAAAUCAAGCAGAUAGCGAUCAAUCGACAAUUACAAAUGAGAACAAAGGACUACCAGCCCAAAUACAUAGCAGUGAAUCGAUAAUUACAAAUGAAAAUAGGAGACCACAAAAUCAAAGAGAUGGCAACAAGGCCACAACGGAAAAAUCAGGCAAUAAUUCUAAUUCACAGCCACUUCCCUCACUAGAACAAGAAUUCAGCUCCUCCGACUCUGAUGGAAGUAGUAGUGAUAUUGAGGAUUUGGAGGAGCUGGAUCCAGAAUUAGGAUUUUCGAAACACGGAGUGGAAACAUUUGCACCAAAAAUGCCUUCAACAGAUCCAUUAUUCGUCAGAAUCUCCGACGAAGACUCCGCUGAAAAGUCUAGUGCUACUAUUAAUAAAGAUAUUGGAGUUGCUCCCCCUAUUAGUGGGCUUUCGUUCCACAAGUCGUUGUUAAAAAAGACAGACCAGUCUGAUGCCGAGAAGAAACCGGUGAGCAAGAUUCAAUCAACUGAAACUGAUGCCAACAACGUGAAUCAAUCAAAUAGCGACUCUGAUGACAUCAUCAUACUAGGAGAAACCCGUUUAAGAAAGAAGAAGAAAAAAGAAACGAGCCCCCAAGCCCAAAAUAAACCUAAAAAACAACUACGACGGGAAUCUCCAUUUCAAAAUAAUAAAAAAACAAGUGAUGAAGACGGGAAUUAUGAUUUUGAUAAUAUAGCAUUGAGUCAGCUUGGCAAGAAGAGGACUAAGAACAAACCAAAAGUAGUGAAAAACAACAAAUCAAAAUUAGUGAAACGUCGGCCAAAAGCUAAACAAAAUAGACCAGCGAACAUGCGUAAUUUUGAGGAAAUAUGGCGUUCAUUGAAGUUGAAUGAAAAGAGACAACAGAAAAUUGAGGAUGAAGAUGAUGAUUCGGAUAGUUGGGUGCCGUACCCAAAGAUCUACAGGUACAAGCUUUCAUUUUCCGAUGAAGAUAACGACGAUAAGGACAAGUAUUUUAUGGAGGAAGAUAAAGAUGAUGAAGAGAGUGAUAGUGGAGAAUCGGAAGAUGAGACAAGCCUCUUGUCAAUGAUAAACAGCACCUCCCCCAAAUCAAAUAGACCCCGCCUUGAUAAAGGACAUAUUACGUAG